AUAUCUUCCAUGAUGCAAGCAUUUUAUGCUAUGAAUCAUAGAGAAUCACAAGAGCAAAGUUUUGAUGGCUUCAACUUGUCAAGCUUUUCCAAUAUAGAUGGAAGUGAUUGGAAGGCUGAGUUUCUCAUUGGCUCAAAAACAACAACAAAUAUCAUGGUUGAUAAUAAACAGCAACAUAAAUCAAAGAGACAGAAGAUAGUGCAUGCAGAGAGAUUAAUCUUCAAUAAAUCACUCAAUAACCAGCAAAUCAUCACUUCAAAGAGGAGCAAAAAACUUGGAGAUAAAAUCACUGCUCUUCAACAUCUUGUUUCUCCAUUUGGAAAGACAGAUACAGCAUCAGUUCUUAAUGAAACCGCUGUUUGCAUUAAGCUCCUCCAUGAACAAAUCAAAGUGCUGACUUCUCCAUACUUCCAAAUCAAAUCCUUAACUUGUAUUAAGGGUGAUAAAGAAGACCUUGUUAGCAGAGGAUUGUGUCUUGUACCCUUCUCAGCCAUCAAUAAUACUCACAAUAAUUGUCUGAAAAUUAUCAAUGGAUUUACUUGA